AUGUCGGCCGUUCGCCCAUCCACUUCCGCCGCGGCGCACUCGCCAUCAUCGCCCGCAUCCUCAUCUCAAGCAGCCUCACGCCAGGGCUCGUCGAGUCCGCUGGCAUCGCAAGAGCAUGACAGCGAUAAUGAGGGCCAUGGACUCCAGAUGAUCCUGAGGAUCAAACGAAAACGCAAUCAAGACCCUGUAGAUGCGCUCAUCAUUCAGCAGAAUCAGCGAAGAACCAAGCGCAGGUCCAUGGUGUUCCCCAGUCCAGGCGCAGAUGACGGCGACUCCACGUCACUUGCAACUUCGGAUGCUAAAGAGGCGGCGACAGCCAAGCAGCGUGGCGUCUUUCGCUUGGCCGAGACGGUGUCGCUUCAAUCGUUCUCCGAUCCUGAUGCAGCACGCAAGCUACACGAGCGCAUUUCAGCCUUGAGCCGAGGAAUUGCAGCGGGUCCCAGCACCAAGCCUCUGAAUCCUUCCAAGCUAUCCCAGAGUGUUUCAUCACCCUCGCUCAGCCAAACGACCUUCGGCUUACGACCACUGGAAGCACCGUCAAAGCCUGUUGACUCGCAUGCUGCACCAUCGACGUCACGUGUCCACCGAUCUCUCGCAAGCUCGGCGUCUUCACUCAACGCUUCGAAUGAAACAUCACCGGCAGCGACACCUACGUCCAGGCUGAAAGCGCUGGCGUCCGAGCAAAUCGAUCGCGACAAGGACCGCCGGUCCCGCAGCAGCACGCCCGUGGGCAUUCGCUUCAAGGUCAUCUCAAGAGAUCAUGCAGCUGGAAAAGGUCUCAGGCGCACUGGAAGCUCGGCAAGUCUUCGAAAGAUGCGCAGCGACAUAGCGUCGAGUCGUCCAUGGCACACGCCUGCCGGUCCGCCUGUGAUCCGGUCCAGGAAGGAGAAGGAGGCCGAGGCCAUCUUUGGACGCAUCAUCGACGCCGAGACCGAGCCAGACCGUUCUUUGCAGAGAUCUGCUGCGGCAACAGCAGCGAGUGGAAAGCAGACGCAAGCGGUGCAGCAAAGUGAGGAGAUGGCGGGUCUAGAUGCCAAGUUUGCAGAGAUGCUCGGCGACUAUCUGCGCUCUAACAACAUCGAACCAUCUCAGGACUUGGACGAGAUCAGUCGCGGCGCAUCACAAUCUCACCAAGCUGAGCUCGGAGCAGAUGCCGACGCAAACACGCCCGACGAGGUUGACAUCGAUGACGAAGACGACUAUGUGUACGACGUUUACUAUCGAGACAUGCUACCGACCAAAGCAGGACCUUCGGGAUCCGCAGAGACCGGCCUUCAGCCCGCGCAGGUCGCAGGACGAGAGAAAGGUGCCUCGUCCGCUUACACAGCGGUGCCGGACUCGAUGGCGCUACCCAGAGUGCUGGGUGGCGAAGUGGUACCCCCGGAAGCUGCGGCACUGACACCCAACUGGUUCCCCGGUCUUGACUUUGCUGGUCCCAAUGCGGUGAUUGCGUCGCUCGAAGGAUUCGAGGACAGCGAUAAUGAGCUAGAGCAGCCGGAAGAGGACGGCUUCGAAAGCUUCGACGAGGGUGAAGACGAGGACAGCAACGACGAGGGUUUUUACAGAAACGAUUAUCCAGAACAGGAGCUCCCUGAUGCCGAAGAGGUAGACUUUGACUAUGACGAUGAAGAAUUCGAUGCGGAUGAACGCGACCAGUACUCUCUUUCCGACGGCAGCUUCUGA